AUGGAGAGCACUUCCGACCACUUUUGGUUUAGAAGCCAGGAUUAUGUUUAUCCAGAUAAUGUGUUUGCAGGCAUGAAUGAAGAUGAACAAUGGAGUGUAGAAGGAGAAUUUGUGAGUGAAGGGGGUGAACAAGAGGGUGGAGUGGAGGAAGGUGAGGGUAAAGAACAGGGAUGAAGAGAGGGGGAUUUGGUUAAAGAUGAGGACUUGAGGAAAAAUCAGAGCAUUAGUGGAUUUCAACCUCAGAGGCUUAGCUCUGAACUUGUAAAGGAGUUUUCUGAGAAAUCAUUAAAUGGUUUUUGAAAUUUAUCGUCGCAUCAAAAACAAGAAAAUGUUAGUGAAAAAGAAGAAAAGAAGGAGUUCGGCACUUUUUCAUCCAGAAAUACAACAAAUCUUAUUUCAGGCACUAAAAGAUGCUAUAAGUUCAGAGACUCUCUGAGGUUCCUCAGGAAAUUCUACCUUAAACUUUUCAAGCAAAUGAAUCCUUCUUUAGUUCAGCAAAGAUAUGUAAAUUGCUCACUUAAAUAAAGUGUCAGAAAGUAUAAAACUUACAUUGCAAUCGAUCUUUACUAAAGAAGUAGUAACUCCAGAUCUUAUUUGCUUCUGAAUUGGAAUACUGCGACUUAAAAAGACAAGAAUAAUCCGAUGCUCCCCUGAAACAAAACAAGAAAUACUCUGUUUUCUGGAUAUCGUAAAGAAAUUUUCACAAGAAAAGUUUAAAAAUAUCAUGAUGUCCAGCAGCUUACAAACAUUAUGAAGACACUUGAUUGAGAAUUCAAGAGAUCCCAGAGCUAUACAAUUGAAUGAAGUUUUACCAUAACUUCCUGCCAAGACUCCUACUCUUCAGACCUUAAAUGGAACCAAGCUGAGAGGAAUGAUUGAACUAAUUCAUGAAUAAUUUAC